AUGACAACGUGUUAUACUUAUUUAUCGUUCGUCGUGGAAUUUGUCUUGUUCGUGAGAUUGAUUAAAUUAUCUUCAUUUGAAUACAGAAUAAGAUGGAUUCGCGAAAGAGUUAUCAAAUUUCUCGGACUUAAUGGACAACAACAUCUUUUCGACGAACUCAUUAACGCGAAUAAUCGGUACUUCGAGGACAAGCUGCUCGAUUUUCUAAUACUGGACCUGUAUGGAGUGACCAAUCUGGAGAAGAAGCUGAUCUUUUUCUACAAGACUCUCGUUAGUGAAAUAAUUCAGGAAGAGGUCUCAGUGUGGGAAGAAAGAAAAUUCGAGAAACCCGAAGAUGACGAUGUCAAGAAAAGAGACAAGAAGCUCGCGAAGAAAGCUAAAAAGGAUAAAGUUAAAAGCAAAGCGGAAAUCAGUCCAGCUUCCAGUUUGGCGAUGAGCCCCAGCGCGUUACAAACAUCCAGUAUACAGGUAUCCAGCGAAGAUGAUGCCAAGGAAGACGACGACGAAAACAGGGAGCAGGACGAAAGUGGCGAGCCUCUGAAAAGGAGGGAGGAGUCGAAAGACGUGUCCGUUGAUAGCGCGGACUUUGUACCACCGCCUGGAGAAGAGGACAAAUAUAUCCUGACUAAGAAAAUGGUGGAGAAAGUCCGCAAGGUGCCGGUGAUUCACAUGAUAUGCGGCGAAAUAGACGGCGAUAGGACUGACUUGCGCGACGUCACUCUCUUCUAUUUUAUGCGCACCAUCGACGAGGGUAUACCCUCUUUCGAGAGCUACGAAGAGUGCCUCGAUGAUAUCACGGAUUACCUGGUGGUCGGCUCCAUCGACAGCAGAUUCUUAGCCUCUCUGAAUAGAAUGCUGACUGACGUAUUUAAGCCAUUGGUGGAGAAGCAUUUCAGGGAGCCAGAUUUUUACGAACGGUGGAAGUCGGAACAGGAAGAGGAACUCGCGCCGAUUAUCGAGAAAACGAAAGCGUCCGGAUUCAAAGAGGACGCAAGAACAAACAUACAGGACGAAGAGGACGAUAAGAUCUCUACGUCCACUUUGCAGGAGGAAACUCCGAGAGGUAAAAGCUCAAAGUCAAGCUUGAGAGGGGGCAGCAAGAAAUCAUUGUCGGAUUUCAAGUCUACUAGAUCAGUCGACGCGUUCAAAGAAACGAUGAGGGACCAUCGGAACAAGAAAGACAUUCUAAAUUAUCUUGACAAUCUGAUCGAGAGCGUGGAAUGGACGCUGGAGCACGUCGAAGGUGACAUUUUGCUGACGAUGCCGACCAUAACGGAAUUGCAGGAUCCGGCGAUAACGGACGAUAUGUUGCUGAAAAAUCAAGAUAUCGUCCAACAGCUGGAGGAAGUGGUCUUAUCGUGGGAGAAGCACAUACAGAAAGUUAUGGAAUUGUACACGAGCAAAGUGCUUCCGGAGAAGGGACCGAUGGUGGAUUACGAGUACUGGCAGGACUGCGAGACCGGACUGACGAUGUUGGAGGAACAGCUGAAAAUGCCCGCGGUUAAGCGGAUCCUCGCGCUCCUCGAGCAGGCACACUCGCCGGUCUCCUCGAGCUUUCAGUACUACCAGGCGGAGCUCUGGAAGCAGUACGUCGAAGCUCGGGAUAGCAAUAAAUUCAUGCAAACGCUAUUAAGAUACUUCAAGUUGAUUACCGAGUCGGAUUCAUUCGAAUCUAUAGCGGAGUGCAUGCCUUCGCUGACGGAGGGGCUGCGGAUGCUCUGGGUGUUGUCGAGUUAUUAUUCCUCCGAGGAGAGAUUGAUGUCGCUGAUGAGCAGGAUAUCGUGGCAACUUUGCCAGAACGUGAGGAAGAACCUGGCGAUCGUCACGUUAUUCAAGAGGCCGUUGGAGGAGGUCUUGGAGAAAACGGACUGGGCCAGCACGAUGCUGAGGCAGUGGAAGCGGUCGUACCUGAAGACCCGAGCGGACAUCGAGCUGCUGGGGAAGGGGACUCGCUGGGAGUUCGAUCAGAAGCAUCUGUUCGAGGCGACGGAGUACAUCGCCGACGUGUGCAGCGACCUCCGCGGGAUCGCCAGCGUGCUGCAAGACUUCUACAACAUCUUCGGGGCGGACCUCAAGUCCAUCAUAGACGACCCCGCGCAGAUCGACACCGUGGUGAAGCGGGUGGACGCGCUGACGGUGCCGAUCGAGCAGACGGACUUCGAUGUCUUCAACGUCUUCAACAAGGAGAACUGGGAGGCGAUGACCGCGUGGUUCUACGAGGAGGUGUCGUUCCUCGAGGACCAGGCGAGGUUCUACAUCGACGAGUGCUUCUCCGUCCUGAUCAGCGCCGAGACCGCCCUCGAGAUGCUGCUCAAGUUCAAGCUGAUGAAGACCCGCGAGGCCGUUCAGCAGCGGCUGCUCGGCAAAUUCGACGUCGUCAUGCAGCAGUUCAGCAAGGAGAUCAGCACGGUGGAGCACGUGUAUAAUCGGGGCAAACGGCAGCCGCCGUUGCUGACGUAUCACCCGCUGAUGGCGGGCGCGAUCUUCUGGGUGAGGAAGCUCUUCCACAGACUGCACAGGCCGGUGAUGGUCUUCCAACAGGUCAGGGAGCUGAAGCACAGCGAGCUGAGGUUGCUCGCGUUCGGCCAGUAUCUCGAGCUCGCGAAUCAGCUGAAGGACUUCGAGGAGGCGAAGUUCAACGCUUGGCUCGACAACGCGCUGCUGACGAUCGCCGCCACUAUGAAGAAGAGCGUGCUGAGGAUAGUGCAGGUCGAACGCGACCUGCCCGUCACCCUGACCUUCCCGACAGAGCAGCAGGAGCCCGCGAAGGAGCUGCAGCUGAUCCACCUGGCGUCGAAGACGAAGCACAAAGACACGGUCUCGCUCUCGUCGACCCCGCAAGGAUCGUUGCUCAAGCACAACGUCAUCGUGUCGAAGCCCAGUAUGGAAACAAUUGACUCCGAUGUCGCAGGGUCGAGACUCGGGCCUGUGAGCGCACAGUUUCGCUCAGAAACGAGGAUCGACGCGAAAGGGAACCCGCAGAAAGGCUCCGCCAUGUUCUCGGACAAGCACGAGGUUCGCGGGAAGAUCAGCUGGACGGAGUUCAUGAGCGGCACCAUCCUGGUGGAGUGUCAGCUGCGUUUUCAGUUGAACUUCGACCUGGAGGUCUUCGAGGUCAUCAGAGAGGCGGAACUGAUGGAGCAGCUGGGCUUUCAGCUGCCCGUCGCCCUCAGGGACGUCGGUAUUCAGAAGAAUCGACUGAGAGCGGACAUCGACGUUACCGAAAAGAUGAUCAACCAGUACAACAGCGUCGUGGACUCCCUGGAAAAGAGUGACAUACAGUUGUUGAAGAGGACUCUGCAAGACAUCGAGAGGAACCUUCAGCCGGGGGUGACGCGAUUCAACUGGAACUCCCUGAGCAUCUCCGAUUACGCGUCCUCCUGCGGCAAGAUGCUGAAGAACCUGAACUCCAUCGUCGAGCAAAUCAAUCAGAUGGAACGAGACCUCGACAGCCGAAUCGAGGCAGAAUUGCAAUCGUACCACUUGUUCUCUACCAAGAAAGAAAUCGCCGAGUCGGAGGAUCUUUUACCGUGCAAGGUAUCUUGAUAAAUAUCUUAAUUUCUUAAUCUUUAUUUUCUCGAGAUUAAAAAUCGACGGUCCGAGUUAGUGUCGUCGAUGUCGAAAGCAUACAAGUCGAUCAGUCCGAUGCUCAUGAAGCUGGAAAGCUUGGUUCUGGGCACGUCAACUGGGAAAAGUCCAGAUAUGCAACUCUUGUAUGAAAAAUAUGAGAAGAAAAUCUUCGUCGCCUUUAUAAUGUGCAUGGUGAGGAACAUGGAAGUUCUGAACCAAAUUUUAAGCCGGACCAAGCCGAUUUUCCAAAUUGACGCGGUAUUAAUGGCGUCCGAGGCGGUAUUGCGUCCAUCGCCCGGCGAAAUCUACAAUAUCAUUUGCCAUGAUGUGCGAGACCUGUUGGAAAGAUUGAAGGGAUUCUCCAGAUGGAUGAAUGGAACUUGCUUGGAGUGUGAACCGCAGAAAAGGGAGCUCUUAGAGGAUCCGGUCACUUUCAGUUUCUUCGAGGACGUGUUGAGCGUUCGAGUAGUUAACGAACUCGUGAAGCUGGUUCAAGACACGGCGUACAAGUUGUCGAUGGAUUGCUGGCGGUAUCUGUACAGAUGGAAGAAAUACAGCAACUUGUGGUCGUUCGAUAAGAAUCUAAUCUGUGAGAAAUUCGCGGCGACGAAGCCUACGCUUCCGCAAUACGACGAGAAGUUCACGUUUUACGAAGGAAUUUUGGAGGAAGUCAAAGAUAUGGAGUUUUACUUCGAUCUGAAUAGCAUACGCAUCAACCUGAAGCCGCUCUUAGCCGGCAUCGAGCGUCACGCGAAAGAAUGGAAGCAGGUUCUGGGGAAUUUCCUCAUAUCCGACACCGUGCAGGCUAUGAAUCGGCUGAAAGCACGAAUCGAGAAAUUGCAGAGGGAGAUCGAAUUGGCGAUCACCGGAUUGGAUCGCUACACGCUGCUCAUGCAGACAAUCGCCGAAGUGAAGAGAAUAGCCGUCAAAACUGAAGUGCAGUUCCUCUCUUAUCAGGAAAGCUUUAAAACUAUGCGCAGCCAGGGGAUCGAGUUCCCCUUGGCGGACGAGACGAUGGCGUAUAAAUUGCAGCGCGACUGGGAAAUGUUGUAUCUCGAAGCGCUCUACAGAGCUACGACCUUGGAAAGCACCAGCGACAAAUUCUGCGAGAUGACCGAAGACCAAAUCAACCGAUUGCUGGACGAAAUCGCGGAGUUCGCCCAAGAUUUCGAGGAGCACGGCCCAGGAAGCAUCGGGGACGAUUUGGAACUCGGACUGAAAAAAAUGGAGGAAUACGGCAAGCUGAUCGACAAGUACGAAGAGAAACGCGCGAACUUGGCAAAGUCCGAGGUACUGUUCGAUCUGCCGCCCGUGGAUUAUUCGGCCUUCCUCAAAGUGAAGAAAGACUACGAGAACAUGGAGAUACUGUACGAUCUCUACAAGCAGCAGAGAAGCGAGCGGGAAAUUUGGGCGAAGACUCUCUGGGUGGAUUUAAAUCCUCAACAGCUCAUCGACGGUAUGGAGCACUACAUGAGGGAAUUCCGCCGGCUGCCGAAGCCCGUCAGGACUAUGCACGUCGGACACGCCUUGGACGCCGACAUGAGGAACUUCAGAAAUUCGGUGCCGCUCUUCAUCGAAUUGAAGAACGAGGCUAUGCGAGAUAGACACUGGCAAGAACUGAUGAAAAGGACCGGACAAUAUUUCGAUAUGGACCCGGACAGAUUUACCUUAGAGAACAUGUUCGCCAUGGAAUUGGGGAAGUAUCAAGAAAUUGCGCAAAGUAUCGUGAUGAACGCCGUGAAGGAACUUACGAUCGAAAGAGGCGUGAAAGAGUUAACGGAAGUGUGGAAAUCCACGGAAUUUACCUUGGUCAAACACUAUAAAGGCACAGAAUAUCGUAGCUUCAUUCUCGGUCCGCUCGACGAAUUGAACAUGAUACUAGAAGAAAACAUGUUGAACGUGCACAGCAUGGCAGCCUCCCAAUUUAUCGGGCCGUUUCUUAACGUCAUACAGAAAUGGGAACACACGAUGCACACGAUCUCCGAGGUUCUGCAGGCGUGGGUGGACCUUCAACGGAAAUGGGUGUAUCUCGAGGGCAUCUUCAUGGGCGGCGACAUCCGUCUUCAGUUACCAGACGAAACGAAGAGGUUCGACGACAUCGACAAGAUCUUCAUAAAAAUCAUGAAUGACACGUCAAAGAGACUCAAUGUGCUAGAAUGUUGCACGAUUCGAGGCCGAAAGGAAGAAUUCGAAGGCAUGAUCGCUGCCCUCGAUAAGUGCCAAAAGUCCUUGUCGGAAUACUUAUGCAACAAACGCGUUUUGUUUCCGAGAUUCAACUUCAUUAGCGACGUUGAGUUGCUGAACAUUCUCGGCAGUAGCAAACCUACUGCUAUCCAGCAGCAUGUAGGGAAGAUGUUCGAUAAUCUUGACAAGUUUAGAUUCACGCAGAGUAACACGGAUAGAAUGCUAGUAACGGCUCUGAUAUCAUGCGAAAAGGAAGUUAUGGAAUUCAGAAAUCCCGUGGACACGGAGGGUAACAUCGAAAUCUGGUUGGGCUUUGCUCUCGAGGAAAUGAAAAGGUCGAACCGAUACCUGACGAAAAAAGCGGUCUACGAUUAUGGCAAAAUGCGAUAUCCAAGGACAAAGUGGAUACUCGAGUUCCAAGGAAUGAUGGUCCUCGCGGCCAAUCAGAUAUGGUGGACCGCGGAGGUCGAAAAUGUUUUCGACAAGAUAUCCCAGGGAAAUAAACGUGCGAUGAAAGAGUAUUUGCAGCAACUUAAUCAUCAAUUGGACAAGGUAGUGAUACUGAUGGGCAGCGAUACACUUACGAGCAAGGAUAGGAAGAAGAUCGACAUGGUUCUGACCGUCGACGUACACAUUCGCGACAUCAUCGAGGGUUUCGUCAGGGACAGCAUUACGAGUCCCACGGAGUUCGAAUGGGAAAGUCAAUUGAGAUUCUAUUGGGUUCAUCAUCUGGACAAUGUAUGGAUGAACCAGUGCACAGGCGCCUUCGAGUACGGCUACGAGUACAUGGGUCUUAAUGGCAGAUUAGUAAUUACACCUCUGACCGACAGGAUAUAUCUCACCAUUACGCAAGCUCUCUCGAUGCACCUGGGCGGUGCACCAGCGGGCCCUGCUGGGACCGGAAAAACCGAGACGGUCAAGGACUUAGCCAAAGCCUUGGGACUGUUAUGCAUCGUUACCAAUUGCGGGGAAGGCAUGGACUAUAUCGCGAUCGGGAAGACUCUGGGUGGUCUUGUUCAAUGCGGGGCGUGGGGCUGCUUCGACGAGUUCAAUCGUAUUGACAGCCCGGUUCUUUCCGUCAUCUCGACCCAACUGCAAACUAUACGCUCGGCGCUGCAAGUUAAGGCUCAGAGAUUCACGUUCGAAGGGCAAGACAUCGUGCUGGACUCGAAGGUGGGGAUCUUCAUCACUAUGAAUCCAGGGUAUCCCGGUCGCACGGAGCUACCGGAGUCCGUCAAGGCCCUCUUCAGGCCGGUGGUGUGCGUAGUGCCGGACAAUGAGCUGAUCUGCCAGAUCAAGCUCUUCAGCGUCGGCUUUCUGACGGCGAAACUGCUCGCCAAGAAGAUGACGGUCCUUUACAAGCUGGCGAACGAGCAACUGAGCAAACAGACGCACUACGACUUCGGCCUGAGGGCCCUCAAGUCCGUACUAAACAUGGCUGGUCAGCUGAAGAGAACCUCCGGCGACCUGCCCGAGAACGUUGUAUUAAUGAGAGCACUCAGAGACAUGAAUUUACCAAAAUUAAUUUUCGACGACGUGCCGCUUUUCCUGGGUCUGAUCAGGGAUCUAUUUCCGGAUUUGGAAGUCCCCAGAGUGCGUUAUCCCGAAUUCAACGAGGCGAUCGAGGCGGUAUUGGAAGAAUACGGGUAUAUCGUCUUACCUGAGCAAGUCGACAAAGUCGUGCAGCUGUACGAAGUGAUGAUGACCAGGCAUUCGACGAUGGUGAUCGGCCCCACCGGCGGUGGUAAAACGGUGAUCAUCGAGAUGUUAUGCAGAGCGCAGACGCGCCUCAAUAAGCCCACGAAGCUGCACGUUCUCAAUCCGAAAGCCUGUACCGUCAUCGAAUUGUACGGCACGUUGGAACCGACGACGCGCGAUUGGAUAGACGGUCUGUUGAGCAGCAUUUUUCGCGAGGUCAACCGACCGCUGAAUUCCGACAAUGGUGAACGGAGAUACAUACUUUUCGACGGCGACGUCGACGCGUUGUGGAUCGAAAACAUGAACUCGGUUAUGGACGACAAUAAAUUGCUCACUCUGGCUAAUCAGGAGAGGAUUAAAUUGCAGGAUCAUUGCAGCUUACUCUUCGAGGUAGGCGAUUUACAGCAUGCCUCACCCGCUACAGUGUCGAGAGCAGGUAUGGUUUACGUGAACCCGAAGAACCUGGGCUACCAGCCGUACAUGGACAAGUGGAUACGAGUCAAGAGCGAAGCCGAUCAAGAUUUCCUCAAUGGAAUGUGCAAGAAGUACGUGCACGGCUCACUCGAGCUUAUUCUCAAAGGAAUGUUCGACUCCCAGGCGGUCGAGCCACUUCAACUGAUCAUACCGCAAACUGGACUUAAUAUGGUGACUCAGCUCUGCUACGUAUUCGACGGCUUGCUGUCAGAAGAGAACGAAUUGACGAACGACAGCCUGGCAGAAAUCGGUCAAGAGGAUGACGCUGAGCCAAAAGUGUCGAGAGAAGAACUCUGGGAGGCGAUGUACGUUCAAGCGUGUUAUUGGUCGAUCGGUGCGACUGUUGUGGGUGAAGCACGUUCAAGAUUCGACGAGUAUAUGAAGAAAACAUAUGGGCUUUUGCCGAUGGAAGACACGCCAGCUAAGCCGGCAACUACUAGACACAUACCGACAGCGUUUCCAACCAUGUACGAUUAUAAGCUGGAUAUUAAGAAGCAAGUGUGGAUGGCAUGGAAGUGGUUGGUGCCGGUGUACGUUCACGACAGGCAGAAAAACUUCUCGGACAUCUUGGUGCAGACGAUCGAUACCUUGCGCACCACAUGGUUCGUGAGUGUCAUGAGCGAGCUGCGAAGACCGGUAUUAUUGGUCGGAGAAACUAGCACCUCGAAAACAGCUAUUAUUCACGAGUUUCUUAGAAACUUGGAUCCCGAAAAAUACGAUCAACUCCUAAUGAACUUCUCCUCGAGGACCACCUCGACGGACGUGCAGAAGAAUAUCGAGUCGAGUGUGGAGAAGAGAUCGAGGGAGGUAUUUGGCCCACCGCCUGGAAAGAAACUGACAGUCUUCAUCGACGACAUGAACAUGCCGAUCGUGGACACUUACGGGACCCAGCAGCCCAUUGCGCUCCUCAAGUUACUGUUCGAGAGGGGUGGCUUUUACGAUCGCGGAGGCGAUUUCAACUGGAAAUACAUGAAGGACGUUUAUUACUUGGCAGCUAUGGGAGAGCCUGGUGGCGGCAGGAACGAGGUCGACCCGCGUUUCAUCUCGAUGUUCUCGGUUUACAACGUGACAUUCCCGUCUAACGAGACUCUCAGUUACAUUUACACGAACAUCCUGACGGGUCAUUUGCAAAAGUUUCCGACGCAGAUUCAGACUAUCGCGCAGGGGCUUGUCCAAUUGACGCUGGAACUUUACGAGACGAUCAGGAAGGAGUUAUUGCCGAUGCCGUCCAAGUUCCACUAUAUUUUCAACAUGCGGGAUCUCUCGAGGAUCAUGGCCGGACUCCUUCAAAGCCAUCCUGAUUUCUUUCCGAGCGUGAAGCAAUUUGUUAGACUCUGGAGAAACGAGGUCACUAGGAUAAUGUGCGAUCGUCUUGUUAGCAUGCAAGAUAAGAAUUUCGUCGUUGAACAGCUGAAGGAAAAGAUAAGCAAUUAUUGGGAGGAAGAUUCCGAAGUGAUUCGAUACAGUUUGAGAGACCCGUUGCUCUACGGCGACUUCAGGAACGAAAAAGAACCUAGAUUUUACGAAGAUCUGUUGGAUUACGAGGCGGUUUACAGUUUGCUCCUAGAGAUUUUCGAAGAGUACAACGAGAGAAGUACGACCAAACUGUACAUGGUGCUCUUCAACGACGCGCUCGAGCACCUGACCAGAGUGCAUCGAGCACUUCGGAUGCACCGUGGCAACAUGCUCGUCGUCGGUAUAGGUGGCAGCGGCAAGAAAUCGGUGAUCAAGUUAGCGUCCUUCGCCGCCGGCUACCAGCUCUUCCAUAUCACACCGAGCCGCGGAUACAACGAGGCGUCCUUCCGCGAGGACGUGAAGAGACUGUACAACAUGGUCGGCGUGGAGAACAAGAAGGUCGUGUUUAUGUUCACGUCCGCUGACAUCGUGCGCGAGAGCUUCUUGGAGUUGGUGAAUAACAUGCUGAUGGCGGGCUUCGUGCCGGCUCUCUUCGACGACGGAGAGAAGGAAGCAAUCAUCCUUUCCUGCAGAGAUGCCGCGGCCAAUGCCGGCUUCGACGUCGGAAAAAAAAGCGUCUGGUCGUACCUCGCGAGAACGUGUACCGCGAAUUUGCGGAUAGCUCUGGCGAUGAGCCCGUCCGGGGAGGUUCUGCGUACGCGAUGUCGCAAUUAUCCCGGCUUGAUUAACAACACCACGAUAGACUGGAUGUUCCCAUGGCCGCAGCAGGCCCUGGUGGCUGUGGCGAACGUCACUCUCCGAGACAACCCGUUCGUGCCGCAGGAACACAGGGAAGCGAUUGUGAGUCACAUGGUGUACGUGCACACGUCUGUGUGCCAGUACACGGUGGACUUCGCGACGAAACUGAGAAGGCGGAAUUACGUUACGCCCAGGCAUUUCCUGGAUUUCAUCGACACUUACGUGAAUCUGCUGAUGGAGAGGACAGAUUUCAUAAGCUCGCGUUGCGCGCGCCUCUCCGAAGGAUUGCAGAAGAUCGCGGAGGCAUCGGUGACUCUGACGGAGCUGAACGAGACUCUGGCCGUGCAGAAAAUCAAGGUGGCCGAUCAGACGAAGAACUGCGAGCAGCUGCUCGCGUCUGUCGGCGAGAGCACGGACGUCGCGAUGCGGAAGAAAGAGCUGAGCGAGCAGAAGAGGGAGGAGAUCCAGGACCAGAAGAAACUAAUCGCCAAGGAGGAAGCGGAAGCCAAGGAGGUGCUGGCGGAAGCCCAACCGGCUCUCGACGCGGCUAAACUCGCGUUGGGCGAACUCGAGAAAGCGGAUAUCACCGAGAUAAGAUCCUUCGCCACUCCGCCCGAGCCGGUGCAGACCGUCUCGGAAUGCGUCGCGAUACUCCGAGGCGUCAAGGACGUGUCCUGGAAAGGGGCGAAGGGAAUGAUGAGCGACCCGGGCUUCUUGAGGAGUUUGCAAGAGAUGAAUUGCGACGAGAUCAGUCUGAAGCAGCAGCAAGCGGUACGAUCGCAUCUGAAGAAGAGCGACAAGCUGGAUCAGAUGCAGGCGAUCAGCAGAGCGGGGUACGGCCUGUACAAGUUUGUACUCGCCGUUCUCGAUUAUUGCGCCGUUUACAAAGAGGUAAAACCGAAGAUAGAAAGAGUCCGAGAACUCGAGGGGGAAUCGAAAAGAACCAAGCGUGCCUUGGAGAAAGAGCAACGUGAAUUGAAGCGACUAGAGAAGAUGAUCAACGAGCUGAACGUGAAGUACGAGAUCGCGAUGAUCGAGCGACAGGAACUUCAAGACAAAACGGACUUGCUGCAACGGCGUCUCCUGGCCGCCGAUAAGCUAAUCUCCGGUUUGUCUUCCGAAAACGAACGCUGGCGAAAGGAUCUGCAGACUCUGCAGGACGAUUUGGAAAAGAUCACGGGAAACUGCCUGUUCAGCGCGAGCUUCCUCGCUUACAGCGGUCCGUUCUCCUACGAGUUCCGGAAUGAGAUGUAUAGCGAUUGGGAGAACAGUAUCCUGGAAAAGGAGUUGCCUCUCUCGAUACCCUACAGGCUCCAGGAACACUUGAGCAACGACGUCGAGAUCAGCACAUGGAACUCGGAAGGUCUACCGCCGGAUGAGCUCUCCGUGCAAAAUGGCAUAUUGGCCACAAAAGCGUCCAGAUUUCCGCUUUGCAUCGAUCCUCAGCAACAGGCGCUGAAUUGGAUCAAGCAGAAGGAGCAGGAGAAAAAUCUGAAGAUUCUCUCUUUCACGGACGCGGACUUCUUGAAGCAGGUAGAAUCGGCGAUCAAGUACGGCUUGCCGGUGCUCUUUCAAGAUGUCGAAGAAGUCGAUCCCAUUCUGGAUAACGUUCUAUCCAAGAACAUUCAGACCGUCGCAGGCCGAAUGUUUGUCAUUCUCGGCGACAAGGAGGUGGACUACGAUCCAAGGUUUCGUAUAUACCUGACGACGAAAAUAUCUAACCCGUUAUUCGAUCCCGCCAUAUACGCGAAGGCACUUGUCAUCAAUUAUACGGUUACCACAGCGGGCCUGGAGAAUCAACUGUUAUCGGUGGUGGUGCGAUCCGAGCGGCGGGAUAUCGAGGAGCAGCGUGAAACGUUGAUCUUGGAAAGCAGCGAGAACAAAAAGCUGCUGCAGAACUUGGAGGACAGUCUCCUGCGCGAGAUCGCCGCGGGCAACAUGCUGGACAACGUCGAUCUGAUCGAAACCCUGGAGAACAUCAAGUCCAGCGCCAACGAGGCGAUGAGCAAGCUUUUCCUCGCCCAGGUCACCGCGUCCGACGUGAACAAGCUGCGCGAGGGCUACCGUCCGGUGGCGGAGCGAGGCGCCGUCAUGUUCUCCGUGCUGGCCGACAUGGCAAUCGUGAAUCCCAUGUACCAGUACUCCUUGAUCAGUUACAUCGAGGUGUUUCUUCGUUCCCUGAAGAGAUCGCUGCCGGACCUGGUGCUGAGCAAGCGAUUGAGGAACAUCAUCCCGGUGCUGACGAAGAACGUGUACGAUUACGGCUGCACUGGUAUUUUCGAGCGGCACAAGCUGCUCUUCUCCUUGCAGAUUUGCGUGAAAAUAGAGCGGAGCGUGGGAAACGUACGGCAGGAGCAGCUGGAUUUCUUCGUCAAGGGUAGCAUGGCCUUGGACAAGUCGGUCAAGUCGAACCCCGCCAGGUGGCUGCCGCAGACAAGCUGGGAGGACGUUCUCAAGCUAGCGAGCGACUUCCCCGAUAAGUUUGAACAGCUACCGGAGGAGUUACGGGACUGCGAGGAAGAGUGGAAGGAGUGGUACGAUUCGGACGCGCCGGAAUCGGCGGAAUUUCCGUGCGGCUACUCCGAGCGAUCGACGCCUUUCGAGAAGCUGAUGCUGCUCCGUUGUUUCCGCGUGGACCGCGUUUACCGCGGCAUCGUCGGUUACAUCACCGAGAUUAUGGGCGAGCGGUACAUCACGCCUCCCCAAGUGAACCUAGACAUGAUCUUCGAGGAGAGUACGCCCGCGAUGCCCGUGGUUUUCAUUCUAAGUCCCGGCUCGGAUCCCACCUCCGAACUGAUGAAGUUGGCCGAUCGAUACGGCUGCGGCGGAGGAAGGUUCAAGUAUCUCUCGCUCGGGCAAAAUCAAGAAAAGAUCGCGAUGGACUUGUUGGAGUCGGCGAUAGCAAGAGGUCAAUGGCUGACGUUUCAAAAUUGUCACUUGCUGCUCUCCUUCAUGAGGGAUCUCGAGAAGACUUUGAGCAACAUGGAACAAGCUCAUCCUGACUUCCGCCUGUGGCUCACCACGGAACCGACCCCUAACUUUCCAGUCGGCGUACUACAGCUAUCGUUGAAAGUGGUGACGGAGCCGCCGAGUGGGCUGAAGUCGAAUCUGCAAAACACGUACUUCAACAUGCGGCCGCAGCUCUUAGAAAGCUGCUCUCAUCCUCUUUACAAGCAUCUGAUCUACGUUCUGGCGUUUUAUCACGCGGUUAUCCAGGAGAGGAGGAAGUAUGGGAAAAUCGGGUGGAACAUAAGGUACGAUUUCAACGAGUCGGACUUCAACAUAUGUAUUGCCAUCUUGGACACCUACUUAACGAAGGCGCUCGCGAUAAAGGACUCUAGGAUAUCGUGGAACAGCCUUAAGUAUCUAAUCGGAGAGGUGAUGUACGGUGGGAAAGUGAUAGACAGCUACGAUCGGCGUGUCUCCUACACAUACAUGGACGAGUACUUCGGUGAUUUUCUAUUCGACGAGUUCCAGCCGUACCACUUUUACAAGAACGACAUCGUCGACUACGUAGUACCGCCGGAAGGAAGCCGCGACGAUUAUUUGCAAUUUAUCGAGGAGCUGCCGCUGGUUAAUACGCCGGAAGUAUUCGGACUACAUCCGAACGCCGAGAUCGGAUACUUCACGCAGGCGGUUAAGGAUAUAUGGAGGCACCUUAUUGAACUUCAACCGCAAACAGCGGUGAGUGUCACCGGCGUCAGCAAGGAUGAAUACAUCGACAACGUGGCGAGGGAGAUUCUGACUAAAGUACCUGUGCCGUACGACAUUAACAAAGUUAAGAAUAAUUUCACCGUGGUGACGCCGACCGCGAUCGUGCUCUUUCAGGAAUUGGAGAGGUUCAACAAAUUGAUAGAAGCGAUAACGAGGAUGCUGAAUCAGCUGAUCAAGGCUAUCGCCGGCGAAAUUGGAAUGGACGAGACCUUGGAGAAUAUUUCCACGGCGCUUUAUAACGGUACACUGCCCAAGGAAUGGGCCAAAUUGGCGCCGGACACGCGAAAGAGCCUCGCCGGCUGGAUGGACCACUUUCAAAAGAGGAUAAUCCAAUACACUAACUGGUCCGGCGCGAACGAACCCAUUGUACUUUGGCUGUCCGGAUUGCACGUGCCGGAAACUUAUCUGGCAGCUUUAGUGCAAAUGACUUGUCGCAAGAACAACUGGGCCCUCGAUCGUUCCGUCAUUUACACGGUGGUGUCGAAGUUCACCAAGCCUGACGAUGUAGAAGAAAGGCCUGAUGAGGGCUGUUACGUGCACGGAUUAUAUUUGGAGGGCGCUAGAUGGGAUAUGGAGGAGCAUUGCUUGAAGAGAUCCAAUCCGAAGGUUCUCACCGAGGAACUGCCGAUAUUGACUAUCAUACCCACCGAAGUUCAUCGAUUAAAGUUGCAGAACACGUUCAAAACUCCAGUAUACACUACAUCGGACCGGCGAAGUGCCCUCCACGUCGGUUUAGUGUUCGAAGCAGAUUUAGCGACGCCGCAACACAUCUCGCAUUGGGUGCUACAGGGUGUUUGUCUAGUGUUAAAUACAGAUUGAAGCGUGGUUUCCACGACCGGCGAUUGAACUAC